UCUGCCGCAGCAGAUUUCAGCUGUUCAGCCUGGCAGGAGGAGCCAGUAGGACUGACCUCAGAGGAGUGAACCCACUGCUGAAGGUCCUGGACCAAAUCCCAAAUCCUGCUGCUAAUAUCAGUGUGGGCCUCCUGCCUCAUUUGCUUAAUGAUGCCUUAAAAGGAAAUAGCAGGACUGUCCUCAUUUACUGCAUUAACCCUCAAGGUCUUCUAGAUAAUGAGACACCUUCUGCUUUAAAUCUGGCCCAGAAAGUGAGAUGUUUUGCAACUAAGCCCACCAAUGGUUGCUGGAGUCCAAGGGCAACUGAGCAAAAGAUUCGUGACAGCAUCACUGAUCUAAGAAGCGUGAUAAUGUCACAGGGGGACAGUGAAGUUCACAGCAUCUACGAGCUGGCCGAGCUCACUCAAAACCUGCAGAUGGUGAAAAAUCAAUCAUGGGAGAAGAGACGAGAAGAAUCCGAAAAGAUAAAAGUCAAAAUAAAGACUUGCAAGACCUCAAAUAGCAAUCUGCUGUUUUCUGGAGAUCAUCACCCCAACAGCAGGCAGGGUACAGAGACAAUGAAAUGUCUACAGGACCAGCUGAGGCAGGAAAUGGAAGAACACAUUACAGAAGGUAAAGGGAAUACAGAAAAGGUCCAGGAGAGAGUAGCGAGAAUCCAGCAGCUGAAGGAGGCUCUCAGGGAGGAGACACUCAAGAGUGGAGCUGCUACUGGGAAUUCCCCUGCUUGUCAACAAUCUCAGUUGGAAUACAACAAAGCAGAGGAACGGAGGAGGCAACUUAAGGAGGAUCAUGGGAGAUUAAUUCAGCAGGAGGUGGAGAAGAUGGAGAGAGACUUGGCACAGGAAAACCUACCGACAGAAGGUCCUCAGAGGGACUUGCUGGUACUGACCAGAGAGAGACAGGUCCUAGUACUGCAGAUAGAGGCCCUGCGUGCCGAGGCCCAGCAAGCUGAAAAAGACCUACAGGAUCAAUAUGACAGACACCGAGCAGAGCUGCACUGUCUCAGGGAGGAGAGCCUGCAGGUGUUCAGAGUGUUUCGUCAGGUAAGUGAAGAGCAAAGAAAGAUUUCAGAGGGCAGAUACAGAAGUGUGCUGCUGGAAGCGGUGCAGGAUGCCAUCUACUUGUCUGCACAGAACCAGCAGCUGCAGGCGGACAAUAAGCAACUCCGUAAAUCAGCAGGAGAACUGAAGGAUAUGCUAGCUGCACAAGGUGAUCCCAUGGCUGAUCUCCCGUCAACGCUGAAUGUGUGACUUGAAUGUCUUUACGCAGCAGUGUGCGGACUGUAAAUC